CAGAUUGCAAGUGACAUUCGACUGUGUCACGUCACAGUUUUUUUACUCCGCUUCAAAACUUCGACGAGAGAAAUAAACGUGUUUUUAGAAAAAACGAAAAAAAUAACUUAGACAAAAAUAAACAGAAAAAAUAAUAAUUGUGCAUUGAUUUAACUGAGUGAGGAAAGUUGAGUUAUUUUUUUAACUGAUUUUUUGUCAUCUUUUUCGAAAAAAAAUUCCAAAUCAAAACAAAACGAUAUCCAAAAUGGCAAUUAAUACAACAACUGUUGAGUGCAGCACAUCACCAUCGUUGAUCAGUCCAAAUAUUAAACAUGAAAAUCGUGAUGAACGUGCCAAAUUUGCGAAAUUUGCGCCGACCCAACAAACGCCAGCCACAUCGAUUGCCUUCUCAAUUACAAAUAUUUUGAGCAACAAUUUUGGCAACCCAAAAUCAGUGAUCAGUGAAAAGAAAAACGGUUUUGUGUUUCGACCAUACGAUAAUAGUAAUGAUGAUUACGGCGAAAGCUCACCCAAAAAAAUGAAACGCGACCAACGAUCCGACGAUGAAGAUUCAAAUGAUAAUGACGAUGACGAAGAGAUCGAUGUGACGGAUGAUCGAAGUGAGUUGCGUCAAAGUGGUGCCAUCGAUUUCAGUGCAACACUUCUUCCGGGCAGUGAUGUGCAUCGUCUUGCGCAAAACAUUUUUUCGCCUCAACACCAAGCGCAACAACAUUAUUUCCACCAGCAACAGCUAUUAAGCCAUUAUGCAGCCAUGGCCGUUGCUCAGCAAUCAUUGCAUCGCGUUGGAGCCCAUGGCUUUAUGGAUGGUAAUCCACUGGAUGCACAUCAUCGAUCGCCACUCUACGCCGAUUUCUACCAUCAAGCGCAACAGCAACAACAAGCAUCAGACCCAGCCAAAAAACCAUACUAUUCAAACAAUUUACUGAGUGAUAGCGCCCUAUCCAAAUAUGCGCCAUUGGGAAAUUUAUGUAAAACGGUAUCGCAAAUUGGUCAGAGCCCUAGCACACCGCCAUCUGCAUUGAAUGGCAACAAAUUAACGUCACCAGUUAGCAGUGAAACGACACCCAGAAAAAAAUCACUGAAACGACCACUACCAUUAUCAAAAUCGGACAAUGCAUCCAGCAAUGGUGAAUCAGUCACGCCAAUCACAACCAAAUCAUCAUCAUCGGAUACCUCAAACACAACGAAAAACACGCGAUUAGAGACUUUAGACUCGGGCAUGGAGUCAUCGGAUGAUGCAAAGUCCGAAACCAGCAGCAACAAAGAUGAAAAUGGUCAAACUUGGCCCGCAUGGAUUUAUUGCACGCGAUACAGUGAUCGGCCCAGCUCAGGACCAAGAUACCGCAAACCAAAAACACCAAAAGUCAAAACCGACAAUGACGAGAAACGACCACGCACCGCAUUCUCAUCCGAGCAAUUGGCUCGUCUUAAGCGUGAGUUCAACGAAAAUCAUUACCUAAACGAACAACGCCGCCAGAAACUGAGCGCCGAAUUGGGAUUAAACGAAGCACAAAUUAAAAUUUGGUUCCAAAAUAAACGAGCCAAACUUAAAAAAUCAACGGGCCAAAAGAAUCCAUUGGCAAUGCAAUUGAUGGCACAAGGCUUGUACAAUCAUUCAACGGUAGCAUUAACCAAGGAAGAAGAAGAGCUCGAGAUGCGAAUGAAUGGCCAACUGUAAAUGUGUUGAAUGGCACGCAUCUUUGCAACACCACCACCACACAAAUCGUCCGUACGUGCGCUUUAGCCCCUGAAGAAGAAGUGCAAGGUGCCUCUGGCACUGGAACUGGAACGGAUAUGUGAUUUCAGUCAUAAUUUUUAAACGCAUCGAAUGUGCAACAACUGAUCCAAUGCCACACACAGACACAUUCGAUCGCUCUCUAUCUCGACCGCUCUUCGUGGUUUCUACCAAAAUAUUGUGCAAUUCAGUCUAGAUUUUCUCAAAUGAUGGAUGAUUAGCUCGAACAACGAACAGUUUUUCCAACAUCACAAGAUGUGUCUUAAAACAUGAGAUCAAAUGAACAUCCAACGACUUCGGGAACACAUAGCAUUUUCGAUUCAGAACCAAAACGAAAAAAUGCAAUCGAAUGUCGCUAUCGAAAGUUUCGAUUAGAAACUUACACGCUUCUGAUAUCACACCAUUGUAAUCGACUAUGAAUUCGUACAUUUGAAAAUUCACGUAAUGUUUACGGAAAAAUGAGGCUUUUUAGAGUUUUUUUUUACUUUAUUGUAAGAAGUUUUAAUAUAUGUAUAUCAGUUGUAAGGAAAAAAAUUAUUCACAUGAAUAUUUUAUUGUAUAGUUUAUUUUAGAAUUUUUUCAUAAGAAAUUCAUAAUGUCGAUGAAAGAAAGAACUAUAAUAAAUAUAGAAACAAAAAUUGAAAACAUAAAA